GAUAGCUUCUUUUUCUUGUAGUCAUUUGCAGCAAUGGCUUCCUCACUCUCUGCAUUACCUCUCGCUGAUAGAAAUUUUCGCAAAUGGUGUUCACACUCUUCGUCUUCUCAUUUCGCUCUGAGAGCAAGAGCCGCUGCAAAAGAAGUCCACUUCAACCGUGAUGGUUCUGUCACCAAGAAGCUUCAGGCAGGUGCAGAUAUGGUAGCUAAGCUAUUAGGCGUUACAUUGGGUCCAAAGGGACGAAAUGUUGUGUUGCAGAACAAGUAUGGACCUCCCAAGAUUGUCAAUGACGGUGAAACUGUUCUCAAAGAGAUUGAGUUGGAGGAUCCGUUGGAGAAUGUUGGAGUGAAACUUGUGAGGCAAGCUGGUGCUAGGACUAAUGACCUUGCUGGUGAUGGUUCCACUACAUCUAUUGUGCUUGCUCAUGGCCUUAUCACUGAAGGUAUUAAGGUGGUUUCUGCUGGGAUAAAUCCAAUCCAAGUUGCUCGUGGUAUUGAGAAAACCGCAAAAUCUCUUGUUUUAGAGCUUAAGUCAAUGUCCAGAGAGGUUGAGAAUCAUGAGCUUGCUGAUGUUGCAGCAGUUAGUGCAGGGAAUGACUACGAAGUAGGGAACAUGAUCGCCAAUGCUUUUCAACAAGUAGGAAGGAGUGGUGUGGUUACAAUAGAGAAAGGAAAAUACCUAGUGAACAAUCUUGAGGUUGUGGAAGGGAUGCAGUUUAACCGUGGUUACUUAUCUCCUUACUUUGUUACUGAUAGAAGGAAGAGAGAAGUUGAGUUCCAUGAUUGCAAGUUGCUCUUGGUUGAUAAGAAAAUAACAAAUCCAAAAGAUAUGUUCAAGAUAUUGGACUCUGCUGUUAAAGAAGACUUUCCUGUUCUUAUAGUUGCUGAGGAGAUUGAGCAAGACGCUCUUGCUCCUGUUAUUAGGAACAAACUUAAAGGUAACCUGAAGGCGGCAGCUAUUAAAGCUCCCUCGUUUGGUGAGCGCAAGAGCCAUUGCUUGGAUGAUCUUGCAAUCUUAACUGGAGCAACUGUGAUAAGAGAUGAGAUGGGGCUGAGCUUAGAGAAGGCUGGAAAAGAGGUUUUAGGAACAGCAAAAAGGAUUGUUGUAACUAAGGAUUCAACACUGAUUGUUACUAAUGGGGACACUCAGAAAGCAGUUGAGGAAAGGGUUUCUCAGAUUAAAAAACUUGUCCAGAACACUGAGGAAAAUUUUCAGAAGAAGAUCCUCAAUGAGAGGAUAGCCAGAUUAUCCGGUGGAAUUGCAUUAAUCCAGGUAGGUGCACAGACGCAAGUUGAGUUGAAGGAUAAACAGCUAAAGGUUGAAGAUGCCCUGAAUGCAACUAAGUCAGCAAUUGAAGAAGGGAUUGUAGUUGGUGGUGGUUGUGCUCUCUUGAGACUGGCUGCUAAAGUAGACACCAUCAAAGACACCUUAGACAACACAGAACAGAAGAUUGGAGCUGAAAUAUUCAAGAAAGCAUUGAGCUACCCUAUAAGACUUAUAGCCAAAAACGCAGGCACAAAUGGGAAUAUUGUCAUAGAAAAGGUCUUAUCGAACCAAAACAUGAUGUACGGUUACAAUGCUGCAAAGAACCAAUACGAAGAUCUGAUGUUGGCUGGUAUCAUCGAUCCAACCAAGGUUGUGAGAUGUUGCUUGGAACACGCUGCAUCGGUAGCUAAAACGUUUCUGACAUCAGACGCAGUUGUUGUUGAGAUCAAAGAAAACAAACCGAGGCCAAUGAUAAAUCCACCAUUGCCUACUUCUCCAGCUGCAUCAUCAUCAUCAUCCAUGUUCCCUGACAGAAACUUGCCAAGAUUCCCUCAAAUUAUGCCCAGAACUCGAAACCACUUUCCAAGGAAGUAGGAAACAACAAUCUACCUUACAAGAUACAUAGAUAACAUGAGAACGUCACAUUUAAAUGUAAUCUCGAAACUUAACUACACGUGUAUACAUGUAUGUGUAUAUGUACACGAGUGUUUCUGAAACUGCGGUAAGUGUCAUAAUCUCUGUUCAUUUCUUACACGUGUCAAAGCCUCUUUUCUUUCUUACAAGCAUUUGUACUAAGUUAUCACCAAACACGAGAUCUUGUCGUAAAGGGAGAAACUUUUCACGAGAAUGAUGGGAAUAAUAAGCGUGCAGACAGCGAUGGAUCUAGUCGUCGCCGGAAUCUCGCUGAUGAUCGGAUUAGGGUUCUUCGCUCUCAUCGCCUCCAUCCUCUGCUCCGUCGCCUUCUUCCACCAUGCCAAAGCUGCUUCUUGACCAUUCAAAGAUUGAAUCUUUGAGAGAGACAAAGAGCCUCUCAUUGAUUUCAGUUCAGUUUGUACAAGGAAAGACACACUGUAAUCUAUAUUAACCGAAAAGUUUGUUCAUUUCUUGAUUUUUCUAUUUCCGAUCCAUUUCUCCCAGUAAAUCCUCGAUUAACCGGAGGGAAGCCGGAGAUUGUGUCUCCGAGAAGCAUUGUUAUACACUGGUUCUUGUCAAAAUGUCGACUUUUUGCUCGGGUUUCAAGAAACCAGACCAAACAAGAGUUUAAGUGAUGAUUUGUUCUUUUGGGUUAAAAGGGUCUGCUGUGGAUUACGUUGAAGCUCUCUCUAGCUUUUAUUUUCUAUUUCUGUUUCGAGUAAAUAAAAUUUUUAAGUUGUUUGGUAGUUGAGAGCCCUCAAAGUAAUGACGAACAUACGUUCCUA